CUUGGCCCAAGGUCUCUCCUUAAACAGAAUGGAACCCCUAGACAUUCCCCCUGAGUAUGUCUACUGCGUCAAAGCCGGGAAGAAACAUCAUGAUCUCUUUACCACGAUAUACGCUGGCGAAAACUAUUGUGGCCGUUGCGGUUUAGCCAACCCCUUUCAAUCCCAAGGUCGGGCCAGGUCCAGAACUCCAGCCCUUCCGGGCCCCUAUGAUGAGGUGGUUGAGGUCGAAGACUCUCCGCCACAGCCAGCCAGUCCAGCAAGUCAGCUUAUGCGUGACAGACCAAAACCAGUAUCGUCUUCCGGUAUUGGGUACGCGCAACUACUGCCCAACACGGUGCCUGUCUCCAAUGGAGUGACUGCGAAUACACGGGCACGCCUAUAUCCCUCUAAGCCGGCAAGCGAUACUCCCUAUCCGCAAUUCAUGGCGAUCGCAUCGGCGGCCAGUCAGGCCAUUCAAAACACCAAAGGCAGCACCAGAAAGCCUAAGCGGCAGCGCACUGGCUACCAAUGGGUCCACAUCAGUCUCCUGCUCGUGAGCUUGGAGACCAGGUACUUCAAUGGCCUUGCGAUAGAGGUCCCAGAGACGGUGCUGCCUCUAAAUGAUACAGUGAUCAAGUUUAGCGCGGCCGACCUCCUUACCUGGCCUUCAUUCACUCAGGUCUUAUUUGAGCACCUGCGUCCACUCCCAAGCACCAUCGAUCCAACGAACAAAGAGCUUUGGAAUCUUUCUUACGCUUCGUCCUUUUCUGGCAAGAAAAUCGUCACCGUUCCCAACACCGAUAAGUACACGACGCCGUCAAGCAUGCUCGCUUCUGGACACUUUUCGAACAACCAAUCUGGGCAGGUAAAGAUGCUCGUUGUCCUGACAUCGACCGAUGUGGUUGACAAGCAGGAGCCAAUCACCCCGCUAAGGCCAGACGAGUACUUAACGCCUGUCAGGAAAGACAAAAAAAGGAAGGUUAAACAGGAGGACUUAAGCCCAGAGCUGAAGAAGCGUAUCAAGCAAGAGAGGCAGAUCAAGAAAGAGAAGGGUGUGAAGAAUGGGAGACAAGUCAACCAGGAAAACGUAGUUCCAGCUUCCUCCUACUCGAACCCGGCGGUUGAUGAGGGCAGCACAAUCGUCGACAACAUUGUUGUGAAGGUGGAUGCAGCAGAUCUGAGCGAUCUGGAGGAUCCCGUUGACGAUCUAGUGUUCGACAGCGUCUCCGACGAGGAAGGGGAUGAGCGUGAGGCAGACCAAGGCCACGAGAUCGAACGUGGGAAUGACGCAGGUUUUUUAACAGAGUUCAUAAACCUGCAGUCGGCAGUCACACCAGAAUCUAUCGAACAAGCUCCAACACAACAAUUUGAGGAUAAUGCAGUCGAAGGAAUCCCCCCGGCCCACUCAACACGUUUUAGGGGCACGAAGAUCCCCAUGACCUUUGCCUCUCGACCUAGAAAGAGGAGAGAUUGACUAUUCAAGCUACCCAUCAGAGGUGCCAGCGUCCUCCUCGUCAUCACUUAUUCCCUCAAUGUCAUUUCCAUUUUCGUCUUCAACGCCAAGUUCAACAAGCGGCUGUUCUGCUGGUUCCAUAUCUGCAAGCAACUCUUGAUGGGCU